AUGAUACAAUGGAAGCGCAUUGGAUGGGGAGUCAAGCAACAUCGCCGCAUCUACCUAGUGGCCUUGCUGUUGUGCGUUUUGGUCUACUAUGUCAUCAGCAAUCGAAGUAGCGAAGAUGACCAGCAAUCAAUCUAUCAACCUAUCGAGGAGGGGUAUUUUGUGAAUACCUCGGGCUGUCGCAUGUUCGCCCUCAACCCUUGGCCAGCGGCAUUAUCCUCGUACUUCCAGCCACUGGACCCAUACAAAUGCAGUAAACCAGCCAUUUUCAUAGCCAAAACGAUACGGAACAAGAACUACCUAGUGCAAACUAUGUCGGAUGACCAAGUGCUUAGCCUCUUCCCGGUCAAUAAAGUCUCGGAUGUUGUCUGCACAUACAAGACAGUUGAGCGCCUUGAUGAUCUCACCAAUAAAUAUGGCCAGGAAACUACUUUUCGGCUAAGCAGUCAGAUGAUCCAAGUCAAGGUGGAUGGAUCGACUACAUUGAGAAUUUGGUGCGUCGAUAGCAACAAUCGGACGAUUUAUCGCGAUGUGCAUUUCUUUCUGCAUGUUGCAAAUCGUCAAAAGGAUCGACUCAAGUCCUCGUCCGCAGAUCGUCUAUCGGUGUUGGUAAUUGGCAUCGAUUCGAUCUCACAUAUGCACUAUCUACGCUCUAUGGAUCAGCUGUCCGCCUACAUCAAAACGCUGCCCCACGUGGAGUUCUGGGGCUAUAACAGCGUGGGGGCCGACUGGUACACCAACUUGAUGCCGCUCCUGAGCGGACUGAGUGUCAAAGAGCUGAAGGCAACCCGCUGCAAUCGCUCAAAAAGCUACGAUGAUUGCGGCUUGCUCUGGAAGCACUUCAAGGCGGCUGGCUACAAUACGACCUAUGCCGAAGACAUGAUUGGAACCAGCUUUGGCUUUCGCCAACAGCCCACGGACUUUUAUCUGCGACCCGUGAUGCGAGAGGUGCAUAAUCACACGGGCUACGCCAUAAAUAAGCUAGAUGCCAUCUCUUGUACUGGGAGUCGCAGGUAUUCCGAUAUUCUGCUCGAGUUCCUCUACAAGCUGACACCCCACAUCAGGCGCGUUCCCAGCUUCUCGUUCUUUUGGCAGUCGCAGGGCGUGCACGACUAUCUGAACUAUGCCCCGUUGCUGGACGAGAAAUAUCUUCAGUUAUUUCAACACUUGACCCAGAAUGGGAUACUCAACAGGACUCUGGUGCUUCUGAUGUCGGAUCAUGGAAUGCGCAGCAGCUCGUAUAGCAGCACCUAUCAGGGCAUGCUCGAAGAGUCGCAGCCCCUACUAAUAGCUAUAUAUCCCAAAUGGCUAGAGCAGGCCUACCCCCUAGCUGUUUCGAAUCUGCGACGUAAUCAUCGUAGUCUCGUCACGAGCUUCGACCUGCACGCGACUCUCAAGGACCUGACUAACUUGGAGCUGCUCCGCGAUGCAAACAUUGAGAGCCAGAUGAUGAAGCUUGCAGCACUGGGUCGAAAUAUGGCCCGAGGUAUCAGUCUAUUCCUGCCGAUACCAGAAACACGAAGUUGUCCAAUGGCCGGCAUUCCCACACCUUAUUGCCUCUGCCAUACCUCAACGCUGUUAGCUCCCGACGACGAAAGAGCCCUGAUGGCAGCUGAAUUUGUCGUGAAACAAAUCAACCGCGUUGUAGAAAAUGAAGCACAUUGCAGCCAACUGAUGUUGAGCGCAGUGAAGGCGGCGCAUGUGCUAAGCCGGGAAUGGGAUGACUACGGGUUCGAUGUUCAGGUUCGAGUAGAAACACUGCCAGGCAAGGGACUCUUUGAGGCAACCACCCGAUUUCUUGGAAGCUCAAUAGACCUGAAUGGCCCCAUUCUACGGGCCAACAAACAUGGCAAUGAAUCCGACUGUGUGCAUAACAAAGACAUUGAAUUAUUUUGCUUUUGCGUAAAACCAAAUUAG